GUCAUCGGGUUAAUAAUGGGUGGCAGUAACAGGUCUGCUGAGGCGCAGAAGCUUGCCAACGGGAUCAACAUCAUCGUGGCCACACCAGGCCGUCUCCUGGACCACAUGCAGAAUACCCCCGGGUUCAUGUAUAAAAACCUCCAGUGUCUGGUUAUUGAUGAGGCUGAUCAUAUCUUGGAUGUUGGGUUUGAAGAGGAAUUAAAGCAAAUCAUCAAACUUCUGCCAACACGCAGACAGACCAUGCUCUUCUCUGCCACACAAACUCGAAAAGUUGAAGACCUGGCGAGGAUUUCUCUGAAAAAGGAGCCUUUGUAUGUUGGUGUUGAUGAUGAUAAAGCUAAUGCAACUGUAGACGGUCUUGAGCAGGGAUAUGUUGUCUGUCCUUCUGAAAAGAGAUUCCUCCUGCUCUUUACAUUCCUUAAGAAGAACCGGAAGAAGAAACUAAUGGUCUUCUUUUCAUCCUGUAAGUCCGUGAAAUAACACUAUGAGUUGCUGAACUACAUCGAUUUGCCUGUCCUGGCCAUUCAUAGAAGGCAGAAACAAAACAAGCGUAAGACCACGUUCUUCCAGUUCUGCAAUGCAGAUUCAGGGAUCGUGUUGUGUACAGACGUGGCAGCUAGAGGGCUAGAUAUUCCUGAAGUGGACUGGAUUGUUCAGUAUGACCCUCCGGAUGACCCCAAGGAAUACAUUUACCCUGUGGGCAGAACAGCCAGAGGCCUGAAUGGAAGAGGGCACGCCUUGCUCAUUUUGCGCCCUGAAGAAUUGGGUUUUCUUCGCUACCUGAAGCAAUCCAAGGUUCCAUUAAGUGAAUUUGAGUUUUCCUGGUCCAAAAUUUCUGACAUUCAGUCUCAGCUUGAAAAACUGAUUGAAAAGAACUACUUCCUUCAUAAGUCAGCCCAGGAAGCAUAUAAGUCAUACAUUCGAGCCUAUGAUUCCCACUCCCUGAAACAGAUCUUCAAUGUUAAUAACUUAAAUUUGCCUCAGGUUGCUCUGUCAUUUGGCUUCAAGGUGCCUCCUUUUGUUGAUUUGAAUGUGAACAGCAAUGACGGCAAAGUUAGAAAGCGAGGCGGUGGCGGUGGAUUUGGCUACCAGAAAGCCAAGAAAGUCGAGAAGUCCAAGAUCUUCAAACACAUAAGCAGGAAGCCAUCUGACGGCAGUCAGUUCUCUCACUGAAGAUACACCUUUGUCCUGAAAUGGAUUUUCUUUUUCUCACUGUAGGAAAGGAAUUUGUGUUAAUUUAAGAUUUGGACUCAUCUAACGAGUAUGAAUUGACUUGGGUCGCCAGCACUGAGGUUUCCAGUGAGUCUCCUUUUUGGAGAUAUAAAACAGGUCGCAAUGUCUUGAUUGCCCAAGAGCAAAGCAAGGCAUCUUUCUAGUUUUUGUGAUGAUAGGCUAUUUCUAAGUGUAAAUCUUUUUUUCCCCCCAAACUUGUUACUGUUUUAAUGUA